AUGGCAGUAACGGACGCAGUACCGGUCGAUUCGACCGACUUGGGCGACACAACGUCGACUUCCCCAGCACACUCCUCGGGCAACAACACCGAUAUCGAGAAAGCCGGUGAUGAUAUUGAAGCAGUCACCCCCGAGCCAGAAGAAGAUCCCCAUCCAGCCACAGGUUUCAAGUGGUGGCUGCUUCUUAUUGCCAUUUACAGUACCACUUUCCUCUAUGGAUUGGACAAUACAAUCGUUGCCGAUGUGCAGGGUUCCGUUGUCGAGAGAUUUGGCCAAGUUGAGAAGCUGAGCUGGAUUGGAACCGGUUUCCCUCUUGGAUCUGUGGCGGUUAUUAUGCCAUUUGGGUUCGCUUAUGGAACAUUCAACAAUAAGUGGGUAUAUAUCAUGAGCCUGGUAAUCUUCUCAACUGGAAGCGCAAUUUGCGGCGGUGCUCCGUCGAUGGAUGCUUUGAUUGUUGGGCGUGUCAUCGCAGGUGCUGGCGGCGCUGGACAGUACUUAGGAGUUCUCAAUCUCAUCACCCGAUUUACCACGAUGCAGGAACGAUCUCACUACAUGGGUAUGACAGGCUUGACUUGGGGUGCUGGCACAAUUCUGGGUCCUGUCAUCGGCGGUGCCUUUGCCGACUCCUCGGCGACCUGGCGCUGGGCUUUCUACCUCAAUCUGGUUAUCUAUGGUGUUUUCUCGCCUAUUUAUUUCCUCUGGCUGCCGUCUAUUCCCGUUAAUGCUGAGAAGUCCUUUUUGAGCAAGUUCUUGGCGAUGGACUGGGUUGGUAUUACCUUAAACGCUGGUAUCUAUCUCACGUGGGUAAUGGCCCUGACUUUUGGUGGCGCCACGUACGCCUGGAACUCCGGACAAGAAAUCGCCCUCUGGGUUGUGUUUGCUGUUUUGCUACUAGGAUUCGUUCUUCAGCAGUAUUUCUUGGUUUUCACGAGCGUCAAACAACGAAUAUUCCCCGGACAUUUUCUUAAGCGCCGGACAUUGGUUCUAUGCUUUAUCGCCACCAACUGCGCCGCAACUUCAUUCUUCGUGAUCGUAUACUAUCUGCCGAUCUAUUUUGAAUUUGUGAAUGGCGAUGGUGGCUUAAAGUCUGCAGUUCGCCUCCUCCCUGUUGUUUGCACUUUCGUCUUUUGGUGCAUUGCCUCUGGGACAGCAAUGCCAUAUGUGGGAUAUUAUUUCCCCUGGUAUGUAGUCUCUGGUAUCUUGAUCGCAGUUGGUGGAGGUUUGAUGUAUUCCGUGGAUAUCAACACAUCUACCUCUGCGAUCUAUGGAUAUUCAGUUCUUAUCGGUUGUGGAGGUGGUGCUAUCAUGCAAGCUGCCUAUUCGAUCGGCCCUGCAAAAAUUAUUCCGGUAUGGGAAGACAUUCCUGCGGCUAUUGGAUUUAUUAACGUUGCGCAAAUCGGUGGUAUCAUGCAUUCGCUUGCUAUCUCCGGUGCUAUCUUCCAGAACUAUGCUUUCAGAUAUGUGAGUGAAGCACUUGCAGAUUUACACCUCACGGCUGGGGAAAUUCAGUCUGCUAUCGCGGGAACGACGAGUACCGUAUUGAAGAACCUUUCUCCGGAAGACCAGGCUCUAGCAACUCAGGCCAUUGUUCACGCCAUGCAGAAAGUAUAUAUCUUGAUUCUGGUAGCAGGUGCCGUAUGUUUCAUCUGUGGUGUCUUGAUGCGACGUGAGAAGUUGUUCAUGGAAAAGCCUGCUGCUGGCUAA